AUGUCAGACGACAGGAAACAAAGUACUGCUAGCACCAACCCCGAAAGCCCAACGACUCAGCAGUUCCCAAAGUCGGGGACAGGAAAAGAGGUCGCUCCCUUGAGCCCAACCUCACGACUAGAGCCACCAGCAGACCCAGCGCGGCGAGGCAGCGACGAGUGGGACGCCUCCAAGGUCCCCCCCUCCCGCUUCCAGAAGCGCAAGGGCUCCAUCUACGCCGUCCCUCACUCGCGCGACGGCAAGAUCGACAGCAACUACCACGCCAAGUACUUUGAGAAGCUGGCUGAGAUGGGGUAUGACAAGAAGUAA